AAAAUACAGCUUUCCCUUACAUUUUGCAGUGCUAUCAGCUAUUAUCCCCUCCCCUCAGAAACAUGAAGUUUGUCUACCUCGCUACCCUCGCACUUGCUGUGGCGGCGCUCGCCAAUCCUGGGUCGUACUAUCCCCUCCAAACCUAUUCCGGGUACUCACCCAACAACCACGGCGACCCAUCCUACAUGUUGCCUAGUAAGGAACUAGUCAGCUUUAACAACCCUACUCCAGUCGUGCUACCUACCAAGCCUACUUCCACCCCCACAGCCACAUCCACUUCCUCAACCUCAUAUGACUACAGCUAUGAGAUCGAUCUGUCGGGCUUCAAUAGCAAAAUCACACACUUUUUCGUCAGCUACUCGGACCCAUGGGUUUCUGGGGGUGUAGGUGUCGGCAGUGUAUUGCCAAAACCCACCCCGCCACCUCCUCCCACUCUGGGCGUCAUUUGCGACAGGAGUUUCCCGGGCCUGCUGGCUGGCAUAGGACUCGACCUGGGCUUGCGCUUGAACCUCUCCCUGAUCGGCAUCAACGCCUGUAUCGGUCUCUGAAGCAGAUCUACAAUGCUGCCUGGAAUUAAUCUAAUACUCUUGAACAAUCACCGACGCGAACCGGACCUUUUUCCAGCAGUUUUUGUCGCCCACUUGGCUCACGUUCCUUUGACG